GCUGCAACGCCAGGGCGCCGAGACCGCCCUGGCGGCGCAGGGCGGCGAGCCGCAGGGCAAGCGGGCUGAGCUUCCAGCGGCCGAGCGCGCGGCGGAGCCUCUGGGGCAAGGUGGUGUGCGGGUGGCCGAGCGCGCGCCCGCGAGGAGGUGGGCCAGGCUCGGGCGGCAGGGCGUGCCCGAGCAGGCCCGGGAGGCCGCCGGCGUGGAGCCCCCGGAGCUGCCCCGCGAGGCGCAGCUGCCCUGGGGCCAGCUCCACUCGCGCCUGGAGGCGCAGCUGCAGGGCCUGAGGGCCCUGGCGGCGCUGGCCUCCCGGGAGGACGGACGCAGACGAGCCGGCACGAGCACUGACGGGGGGCGUGGUCACCACGGCGGACCACGGCGGCGCUCCUCAGCAUGCUGGCGCAGGCGGUUUGCCCGACCGUGCUGCUCCUCCGGCGCCAGGCGGGGGCGGUCUGGAGAGGCCCGUGGAGCGCUACGACAUCGGGACCCCCGCCGCCGACCAGCUGCGAGAGCUGCCUCCCGCCAGCCUUGCGCCGGGGGAGCCGGCGCCGUGCGCAAGCUCGGCGCCGCAGGAGCAGCUGCUGCGCACCAGCCCGGGCGGCGUCCCAGUGCCGUCGGGCGCCGCGCUCGGGGACGGCGCAGUCGGCAGCGAGAGCGCGCCAGGCCCUCGUGGCACAGCGGGCAGCCAGAGCGGCGCCACGCAUGCCCCGGGUGCCGGCCAGGCGCAGACACUCCAGGCGGCGGACUCGCUGCCGCCAGAGGAGGAGGAGAGGCUGCUGCGAGAGAAGCAGGAGCUCCUGGACAGGUGCCGCGAGCUGGAGGGCCGCCUCCUCCGGAAGCAGCUCGAGCAGGCGGCCACCGCCAGCCGCCGCCGCCCCGGCGGGCGCGCGCCCCCGGCGGAGAGCCCGCGGGGCGCGCCGCGGGGGCCCCGCGGCCCGCCGCGGGAGCCUCCGUCGCCUCCGCCGCAGCAGCCGGUGCAGCAGUCGCCGUACCUCUGCGGGUCGCCCUUGGAGUCCGGCGCGGCAUUCUCGCCACCGCAGCAGCAUCGCAGCAACGAGCGCAGUCCAGCUACUCGUGGCCGGGGGCGCUGGAGCACCGCGCCCAGAGGCUCCGGCAGAGGCUGCGCCAGGGGGAAAGCCAGAAGCUCGCAGGUCUGGGGACGGGCGUCGAGCUGGAGCAGCCGAGCCUUCCGCUGCGAGACGAGUGCGCGGAGGAGGAGGAGGAGGCGGCGCCGCAGCAUUGGGCGUGCCCCGGCUACGCGGACCAAGCGCAGCUGGAAGAACGGAUGCUGCAGCAGCUGCUCAGCAGGCAGGCGCAGUUUCGGCGGCCUGCGGCGGGGCAGCUUCGGUUCCCCCCCGCGGUGGACGUGGAGUUCGCGGAAGGCUCCGCGCGCGGCUCCUCGCCGCCAGCGUCGCCGCCGUCGCGUGACCCCCCCUCUGCCGUGGCCGUGCGGCUCGUGAGCCCAGGCUCUGCCCGUGGCUCCUCGCCGCCAGCAUCGCCGCCAGCGCGUGUCCCCCCCUCGGCGUGUGCCCUCGCUGGCGGCAGCGCUGCGCUGGGCCCAGGCUCUGCGCACGGCUCCUCGCCGCCAGCCUCGCCGCCGUCGCGUGGCUCCCCCUCCGCGGUGGACGUGCGGCUCGUGGACCCCGGCUCCGCGCGCGGCUCCUCGCCGCCAGCCUCACCGCCGGCCCGUGGCUCCCCCUCCGCGGUGGCCCUCGCGAGCGGCGGCGCCGCGCUGAGCACAGGCUCCCCCUGUGGCUCCUCGCCGCCAGUGUGGCCGCUGGCGCGUGGCUCUCCCUCGGCGGGUGCCCUUGCGGGCGGCGGCGCUGUGCUGAGCCCAGGCUCCGUGCCUGGCUCAUCGCCGCUGGCGUUCCCGCCAGCGCGCGGCUCCCCGCCGCCACUGCCGCUGCCGGCGCAGCUGGCGGCAGAGGCCGCCUUGUCGGAGAGCGAGCGGGCCGUGCUGCAGUGGUUUCGGGGAGGGCCGGGCGCGUAGGGCGUAGGCGCCCAGGCAGGUGCUGUGCAGAGGCUAAUUUCCGUAGCGUGCCAAUGUCGUUCUGGUGCUCGACCCGAGGCCGCAGCGUGGGCGGGUUGUUCCCGCCAGAGUUCUUC